AUGGAGUUCAGCGAUGGCCACUCCACGGCCACCCCGCCCCCGCCCCGGCCCCUCAGUCCACGGACGCCCCGGCCCCCAGCUCCCGACCCCCAGCCACGCAGGUUCCCCGAGAGGCAACAUGUUCCGAGCGAAAACAUUUCUUUUAUCGAGUCUGUGCCGCUGUCUCUGUGGAUCGGGGAGGACACUGCACUCCCCACAGGGCUGCCAGCAGACAAGGGACUCCUGAGACGCCCCAAACCACCCGAGCCCUGCAAACCUCCUUCUGGAACUGCCACGGAGCCGGGGCACUCGGCACCCUCACUGCCACCUGCUCUGGCCUUUGAUCUGUAUCCUGAUGCCUUGACUUUGGGGUCUGACCCUGACCCUGGAGGGACUAUCCUGGCUGGCCAAUUCCUGAAGGAUGUGCCUUUAAUAUGCAACCAACCAAUGGGAGGAGCUUCCGUGCACCCGGGGCCUCUUCCCCCUUUCCUACCCGCCCAGGGCUGGCACCAGAGAACAGUCCUCAAGUUCCAGAGCCCACGGCGAGCCCUUCCUGGGCCUGCGCCCCUGCCGCCCUGGUCCUUCCCAUGGAACCCCAGUGAAGGCUCUUGCCCACAUUUUCCCGCUGCCUCUGUCUCCUGACCCAGCCCCAUGCGGGCCCCUCCUGCUUCCGGGGAGCACUGAGUAUAUAACAGUUCUGUAUCCUCCUCAUUUCUGUGUCUGUGUGCCUGAUUAAACAAA